AUGAUGAUCCUCGAUUGCCUUGAGUGGUACUUGUCUCUGCAUGUUCACUUUGUUGUCGUGAUUCAGUCUGUACGACUUUUUGUUUUUCAUGUGGUUUUGCCCAUAGUAUUUGGUGUCGGCUUGGUGCUGUUUUCAUUGAAUGGGAUUGAUGAUGUCAGAGCACGGCUUCUGUCAAAAGCUGAAUAUAUUUUGUCAAGUCGGAAGAGGGUGAUGUGGGAUAUUAGUGUUGUUAAUAUCAUUAUUAUCAUUCCCUGGGAAAAUGUGCAUCCAGAACUGCAUAAAAUGGUAAUAGAAUCAGAAGCCUUUUCCAUUACAUCAAAAUGUAAAGUAGGUUCUUUUGCUUCAGAAAUUGAAGAUCAAUCUUAUGUUCUGACAAACAUUGAAAGUUCUGCAUCUGUCAGUGAUGCAUAUAUGAAAUUUCAGCCACAAGAUCUCUACAAUCACUUUGACAUCAAAUUACAUGAUUUUGAGAUGAAGGUAAUGAUUCCUAACUAUUCUAAGGCCAUCCCUGUUUUGGAGAAAUUCAGUGCUUCCAUGAUGUUGGCAUCCUGCAUUAUUCCAGAUGAACCGAUAUUGAAACGAUUGGAGGUUUAUUUAAUUGUACCAUCACUUUGUGCACACUUUUCACCGUCAAUAUAUGGUGCAAUUAUGGGAAUAAUGGAAAAUACACAUGUGCUGCAUUCAACAAUAGACUCACCAAUCUUUUCAAUGCCUGAUUCACUAUAUACCAAUUCAAGUAGGUCGGAGAUCCCCAAAAUGUUUUGGUUCUCUGUUGUUGCAACUAUUGGGUCAGCUGGUUUUCUUGUCGACAUUGAAAAUGAUGAGGAUAAUAGUUGCAUUCUCAUGCUGUCUCUUCAAGAAUUCGAUGUUCGGUUUGGUCAGAUAGAAUUCCCAGAGUGCUGGAUCUGUGUGAAGGCUUUGAGGAUCCUCUCUUAUUCAAGAAAAGAUGAGAAAGACAAACAUGUUCUGUGCUCGUCUGGAAAUGUGUGGGAAGCCUAUUCGGCAUAUCCAAGCGAAGCGGAUGUCCGACUUAGCAAUGAAAGUGAAAACUAUGAUCACAAAAUCAGGUCUGCUGGUGAAUGCUUUCUACUACAUUUUGGAUCCCGAACAAAUGUUAACUUAAUCUGUCGCAAGUGCACAGUCUGCUUAAGUGAUAUAGAGUUUCACUGCUAUCCUUAUAUAGUUGGAUUGCUAGUUGGAUUCUCUGACAAAAUAUCAAAGUACGGUCCAUCUCAUCUUGUUGAGGAUUCUCCCAGCUCGGCUGUGGACUGUAACAAUCCCCUACGAAAGCCUUUUUUUGAGUUCCAAAGGUUUGGGUACUCAAAAUUCUUCCAAACUGGUACCUCUGAAUGUGCAAAUAUUGCAGUGGAUGAUUUUCCAUUUGUUACGGUUUACAAUGCCGGUUCUCUUUUUAGCUUUGGGAGCUCACUUAUUCAUGCUGUUCCUGAGUGGAGGACAGUUCUUAACUCAAGAGACAGAAAAAUGAGAAGUGAUGAAUGCAUUGUGAAGAAGGAAUCUAACUCAUUGUUUGGCCCAGCAGUGAAAUCCUGGUUUGGUACAGAUGAUUUGCCUAUGCCAGAGGAUUUUGAUGAUCCUGGUGUGUUUAUUAUUGAUUUAAAUAUCAGCAGCAUCAGACUACAUUUUCAUGAUUCCUCAUGUAUUGUUGGAACUAUUACACUCCCUAACUCUAAAUGUUCAUUCACUCUGCAUGAAGAUCUUUUUGACAUAAUAUGUUCUACAGAGGGCUUAGUUCUGUCAUCGUCUUGGUGGAAUCAAACUAUCCAUGACUUUUUGUGGGGGCCCUCAUCACCAAGUCUUUCUCCUAUCCUGAACAUAUGCAUGAGGAAACGAAAUGUUGGAUCAUUGAGGUCUCUAUUUGAAAUAUGUUUUGAAGUUCAGCAUGUGUCCUGCAUUUUGCCACCUGAAUUUCUUGCCAUAAUAAUUGGUUAUUUCUCAUUGCCUGAUUGGAGCUUCUACACGAAUGAGCAGCCUCUUUCUGAAAACACUGGGUGUAUGGAUUUAGAAAACAACAGUGCCGUUACUUAUAAGUUUGAGAUUCUGGAUUCCACUUUGUUUACACCUGUGGAGAGUGAUAAUUUCCGGUUUCUGAAGCUUGAUAUUCAACAGCUGCACAUUAGUUUUAUCCAUAGAAGUGAUCCAAAUACUGCUCUAAAGGAUAUUCCUACUGAAUGUUUGGUUUCAUCACAUAAAGUUGCCAGGAGAAGUAACUGUGUAGAUGUAUCCGGGCAUGACGUAUCUCUAUCACUUCUAUUGCUGAAGGAUGACUCCUCAAUAUUUGAUCAAAAAACUGGAAAUGUGUGUAUUGAUUUAAUUUGCCCAAUCAGUGCUGAUGUGUGGGUCAGAAUACCCAGUGACAGUGAGUCUUUUUGUGUAAGCUCUGUUGCUUCAACAUGUGUUAUGGUGAGGGUCAAUAGUUGUCAACUUUUAGCUGAAGGUGGUUAUGUUUUUGUUGGAUAUGAAGCACUACUUAGUGUCAUAAAUCAGUUUUCCUUGGUUGAAAAAGAAUCGCAGUGUUUCACCUCUGAUGUUCUACAGUUUCUUCAAUCAAAGAAGAGUCUAAAGGAAAAUAGCUCAUAUCUGCUGGAAGCUGCAGGGAUGACUUUCACAGAAACUAAAUUUUGUGUGAAUUCAAUGUCACUGAAGUUUUUUCGCUCAGGAGAAGAGUUAAACGCUUCUGAACCUGUUGCAAUUGCUAAUAUGCAAUUUAUAUGCUCUGCAUCUUUAAAAGAUGACAAACCUAUGCACUGGGAUAUUUCGUUCUCUUCUCUGGCAUUACUUUCGUUGGUUAACUCUAUAAUGUUAGCAGAAUGUACUUCUUCCUGUUCAACCUCGUCAGUGCUAGAGAUGACUUUUAAAAUGUCAGAUCAGGGUGAAAAUGAGCUUCAUGUUUCUGCUCCUUCUCUAGAUAUUUGGUUGCAUUUGUUUGAGUGGAGUGAAGUCAUUGACCUACUCAAUUCUUACUCUGGACAAUUAGUCAAAACUUUAUCAGUGGAUGCACCAUCAGAGAUAUCAAAUUUGGUUCCAGUAGAUCAAAAUGAUAUUGUGACAGUUAAUGGUUCACAGAAUUCUCCUCAAUUUCUGAGUAUGUCAAGACAGUUUGCACCAGAAACAAUGAAGCAUGAUCCUGUUUUUCUUAUUGUGAAAUCCGAAAAUGUUGGCAUGACGGUCCAUAUGCCUGUCUGUGUCAGUGAAGGAGCAUUUAGCAUAUGUUGGGAGUCCUGCAUUCAGAAGAGGAGCCCUGUGAAUUAUUCAUCCAAUGCAAUUAAAGCAAAUCACAAUAACUUUAUCGUUGUUAGUGUCGAAAGUAGGCAUAGUGAAUUGGUUUGGAAUGGGAAAACUGCAAAAGUGAAGUUCAAUUCGGAAAAAACAAGUGGAAGAUUGGAAAUAUAUGAGGACAAGAGUGUCCAUACCUGGCCUUGUUUCCAGUUGUUCCAUGUUAACAUGGAGGCUGAGUUUCGUUGUGGCCAGAAGGAGCAUGGGAAUGUGAAAGUGGUGGCUCAAUGUGACAAUCUUGAUUUGUGGCUUUCACAGCACGUCUUCUGCUUUGGGCAACAUGAGUGGUUUAAAAUUCCUGCAGCAGGGUCUUCACAAGUUACGUUUGGUAGUAUGGAAUUUGAAAUCCAACUAAGGAAGAUUUCUCUACUAGUGACUGGUGGAAGGUGGAUCUCUAAUGGACCUCUACUGGAAAUACUUAUCAGAAAUUUACUCUUGGUUGCUAGCAUAUCUGAGAGGAAAAUGGAAGGCUCAGUUGCAGGCGACCUGCAAGUGAGCUACAACAACAUUCACAAGGUCUUGUGGGAGCCUUUCAUAGAGCCCUGGAAUUUUCAAUUAGGCAUAACUAGAAAGCAUGACAAAAGUGCUCUGUUGAGCAAUGCAAUUAUGACUGAUAUUCAUCUCAAGUCAACAACACAACUGAACAUGAAUUUUACAGAAUCCUUUAUGGAGGUUGUUUUUAGGGCAGUUGAGAUGAUCAAGGAUGCUUGGGGUCUAAUGGGGCUGAAUGAUCUUUCUGAAAACCCAAAAUUCUUAAAUUCUCAGAGUGGUGAUAAUGUACAUACUGGACACUUUGCUCCCUAUAUACUUCAAAAUUUGACUUCAUUGCCUUUGGUAUUCUAUAUCUGUCAAGGGUUGGUUAGUGUUGAUGAUUUGGAUGCAGCAGCGUUAAAAGAUAAGAAAUGUCUGCAACCAGGUUCUUCAAUUCCAAUUUAUAUUGAAGAAAGUGCGGAGCAACAACUUUUUCAUGGUAGGCCUGCUAAUUCUUCUGACAAACUCAGUGACAAGCAGCUUACUGGAGUAGCACAUCAUUAUAUUAUUAUUCAACUUGAGGGAACAUGUAUGCCUUCUGCUCCUAUUUCAAUGGAUCUCGUAGGUCUCCACUGCUUUGAGGUGAAUUUUUCUAAGACAUCAAAUAACUUAGAAGUUGGCAAUAUUGAGGAUGCUUUAAAAGCAAAUAAAAAUGUAGAAGUGAACAAUGGAGCAGAUACAAAUGGUGGCUUUGUUGUUCCUGUAGUAGUUGAUGUUUCUGUACAGCGGUAUUCAAAGUUAAUGCGGUUGUACUCAACGGUAAUUCUUUUAAAUGCAACUUCUGUACCACUUGAAGUGCGUUUUGAUAUUCCUUUUGGUGUAUCACCUAAGAUCCUUGAUCCGAUAUAUCCUGGUCAGGAGUUUCCUCUACCUCUUCAUCUGGCUGAAGCAGGCUGCAUGAGAUGCCGUCCACUCGACGACAGUUGCCUGUGGAGUGAAGCUUAUAACAUCUCAAAUAUUCUUUCUCAUGAAAGUAGGAUUGGGUUUUUGCGUUCCUUUGUUUCAUAUCCAUCUCAUCCCAGCUGUGAUCCAUUUCGCUUUUGCAUAUCAGCACAAGAUAUGUGCUUGACUUCCAUUGGCAGGCAAAAGAGGGGUUCAGGUCUGUAUUUGAAUAGUACUAUAAAGCAAUCAGUUGAGAGGAGUGGCCAAGUUUUGCACAAUCUGGACAAGUCGCAGAAGCGAUACAUUCACCUGGUGAGUUUUACUACUCCGUUCGUUGUGAAAAGCUAUCUUCCAGAGGCAGUAUCAUUGACAGUUGAAAGUCGCGGAGUUACACGCACAGCAUUACUUAAGGAGGUAGAAAUUUCGUUUUUCCAUGUUGAUUCUUCACAUGACCUGGAAAUUUCAUUUUCUAUGCGUGGAUACAAAUCUUCGACUUUGAAAUUCCCACGUGCGGAAACAUUUGCAGCGAUGGCCAAGUUUAGUGGAACGAAGUUCUCUCUAUCUGAAACCGUUGCCUUUGAUUCUGAUAUAGGUUUUGGUCCUAUAUAUGUCACAAUGGAUAAGGCAAUGGAUGCCUUCUCUGGAGCUCGUGAAAUCUGCUUAUUUGUCCCAUUUUUGUUAUAUAAUUGCUCUGGUUUUUCUCUCGUUGUUUCAAAUGCUGCUUGUGAAAUGAAAGGAUGUGGUUGCACUGUUCCUUCCUGUUAUGAUCUGGACGAGCAGGACCUAGUUCGGGGCAGAAAAGAUGGUCUGGGCCUUCUAAUUGCUAGUCAUGAUUUGCAAACAGCUCCACACAAAAAUAACCUGAGAGAUUCUUCCUUGGCAAGUUACAUUGUCUCAACCAGGAAGAAUAUAAUCUCACACUGCAGUGAGUAUUCCAGCAAACCUUUCUUUUUGUCUGGUUCCUCUACAAUUCCUCAUAGGCAUAUGGAUAAGCAUGAUUUACGAGCUCCAAACUUAUCCUUAAGUGAUCUGAAGAGUGAUUCAACUUCAAGCAGUCAAUUGAAUUUACAGUUUCGUGAUUUUGACGAUGAUUAUAAGAAAGUAAAUGCUUGCAUGUACUCUCCUUCUCCCAAUUCCUCUGCUAGUGAAAUUAUGGUAAAAGUUAGUCGGUGCCUAUCUGAGUGUGUUAUGGAUAACAUCCCAACCUGUUCUUGGUCAAUGCCAUUUUUCCUUGUUCCACCGACUGGUUCAACUAGUGUUCUGGUUCCCCAACCGUUUACAAAUGCUGCAUACAUAAUAUCGGUUACAUCAAGUGCCUUGGAUAAACCAUUUUCUGGAAGGACAAGAAUUACUACAUUCCAGCCCAGAUAUGUAAUCAGCAAUGCAUGCAGCAAGGAUGUGUGUUAUAAGCAGAAGGGUACUGACUGUAUUUUUCACUUGGGAAUCGGACAACAUUCCCAUCUUCACUGGACAGAUACAACAAGUGCGUCUUGGGCUAGAGAUGCAACUUCAUCAACACCACCAAGGUGUCUCCGACAAAGAGGAAUGGAAAGAGGAAGAAGGGUUGUCACCAAUUUCAUCAACUUGGUCCUGAACCUGAUGUUCAGGAAUAGCUCUAGAGGCUCUCUACCCUUGAAACCUCCAGUUGAAGCUAAACCUACCGAGCCUACUUCAGAUGAGGAUCCUACCGAAGACUUUGCUUGUAUAACUGAGCUCGUUCGGUUGAAGCAUGCUGCGAAGAAGAGGAAUCGCCUUAUACGAGUUCGUGAUCUUGGACCUCGCAUUGUGAAAAAGGGCAAGAAGAUGAAAAAGGCUCUUCGGUCGAACUCUCUUGCCGUCGAGAAGUGUGGGUGUCAUGAGAGCAAGUCUAGGAAGGUUACUGGGAAAAUGCUUUGCUUCAAGCUUACAUAG